GAGCGCCGGGGCCUAGAGGGCUCCGCGAAAACUGUGGGGCUGGCGGCCUGCGGCGGACACGGUUGGGAGGCACUGACUAGAACAGGAGCAGUGUUUCCAGACCGGCCAGAGGAGGCGGCCCUAGAAGGCGGACAGACUGACGGCAGGGAGGGCCAGCAUGCCCACGCUGCUGCAUCCCGCCUGGCCGCUGCUCCUGGGCGCCACGCUGACCUUCCGGGCACUCCGGCGCGCGCUCUGCCGCUUGCCCCUGCCCGCGCACGUGCGCUCCGACCCCCUGCGCACCUGGCGCUGGCACAACCUGCUCGUCUCCUUCGCACACUCCAUUGUGUCAGGGAUCUGGGCGCUGCUGUGUUUAUGGCAGACCCCAGAAAUGCUGGUGGAGAUUGAAAUGGCCUGGUCACUUUCUGGCUAUUUGCUCGUUUGCUUCUCAGCAGGGUACUUCAUUCACGACACGGUGGACAUCGUGAUUAGUCGUCAGGCUCGAGCUUCUUGGGAGUAUCUUGUUCAUCAUGUCAUGGCCAUGGGUGCCUUUUUCUCUGGCAUAUUUUGGAAACGCUUUGUUGGCGGGGGUGUUCUAACACUACUGGUGGAAGUCAGCAACAUUUUCCUCACCUUGCGCAUGAUGAUGAAGAUCAACAAUGCCCAGGAUCUCCUCCUCUACCGGAUCAACAAGUAUGUCAACCUGGUCAUGUACUUUCUCUUCCGCCUGGCUCCUCAGGCCUACCUCACCAAGUUCUUCCUGCAGUAUGCAGGCCAAAGGACCCUGGGCACCUUUUUGUUGGGCAUCUUGCUCAUGUUGGAUGUGAUGAUCCUCAUCUACUUUUCCCGCCUUCUGCGCUCUGACUUCUGCCCUGAUCGUGUUCCUAGUCACCAGCACAAAGACAAGUUCUUGACUGAAUGAAAUGCAGAGCUUUGGACAUAAGGGACGGACAAGCACAGCCAAGAACAGCCUGGUGAAUAAAAGUGGGACUCUGCCUCAAGCGUGGGCGUCCUCUGGGACCAGCCUCUCCACCUUGCACCUACACCCACACUAUUGAAACACUAAUGAAAGCACUCCUCUGAAGUCCUCUUUUCUUGGGCCAGGGGUAGGGAAGCAGACCAACCAGUUGGACGUGGUAGAUGGGUAAAGACAUGGUGCCAUUAGAAAACCAGCCAACCCACACUGCCCUGAAAUAGAUGCUAACGACCAUUCUAAAAUAACCCGUCUGUGCUCCUUCAAACUCUGGUAUUGGUUUCACAGCUUCCACAGUCCAGGCAUAAAGGAAGGAACUCUUGUUAACCUAGUUGUCCUGGGACAACCAAGCCUUGUUUAGAGUAAUAAAAUCUCUGGUGCCUGA